AUGAUCGCCACUGCCAAUUCUUCCGCGAGAGUCAAAAUGCUUGCUCUUAUCUUCUUGCUAGUUGUGCUAAUCAUGGUUUAUCCCCGCUCUGCACAAGCAGGCUCGAGAAUAAGAAUUCAGAGCUGGAAUCUGAGAUACGACUCCAUGCCGGACGACAUCACCGUUGGCGAGACAAUCGCGGCUCUGAACAGCACCGUUCCCAUUGACACACAGACUACGUAUUACUCCAACUACACGGAGCAACCGUGGUCGACGCGCAGGAUCGGCGUUAAAAACGAGGUCCUGUUCAACGAGGUCGACUUGUUCACAGUCAAUGAGGGCCUCCACAGACAAGUUGAAGACCUCAAGGAGCUCUUGGACAUGCCGUACAUCGGAGUGGGCCGAGACGACGGGGCACAGGCGGGCGAGUACCAGGCGAUUUUCUACAACCCGGACUCAAUUGAGCUGCUCUCAAACGACACGUUCUGGCUGAGCAAUACGCCGUUUGAGCCUUCAAAGUAUCCUGGCGCCGGCUCCUAUCGCUCUUGCACGGUUGGCUAUUUUCGGACCAAAAAAGGAGGCACCAAAUUUGUCGUGAUUAACGCGCAUCUUGACGACCAGUCGGACGACCAGAGACGGCUGGGCGCAGCGCUGAUCAAGUACAGAGCAGCAUACGAGCAGGAAACGAAAAAUGCCCCAGUGUUCCUGGUCGGAGACUUCAACUCCCAGGUCAGCGGAGAGACCAACGGAGCGUACGAGAUCACUACGGGGAAACUGGAGUUCUCUGCUGACGAGCUGAAUUCGACCUUUGUCUCCAAAUACAGCCAUGUGGACACAGGCUUCGAGUUUUUGGAUCUGAUCGAGCAGACUCCUGUUGAAAACAGACUUGGCAACCUUGCUACCUUCACUGGUUUCAAAAACAACGCCGACUCGUUCAGCAGGAUCGACUUCCAAUUUGGCGGCAACUCGGGCAGCUGGGAAGCCGUCCGGUACAAGGUUGGCGACAAUUGGUACGACGACUCUUAUUAUCUCUCGGACCACCGACCUGUUAUCAGUGACAUAUUUUUGGGGUAA